AUGGACAGAACCAAGCAGACCGCCGGUAAAUCCAAAUUCAAAGCCGCCUGGAAGAGCGCUCCGGCUACUGGCGGUGAGAAGAAGCCUCACUGUUACAGGCCCGGCACUGUGGCACUCUGCUGCUUCCAGAAAUCCACGGAGCUGCUGAUCCACAAGCUGCCCUUCCAGCACCUGGUGAGGGAAAUCGCUCAGGAUUUCAAGACCAACCUCCACUUUCAGAGCUCCGCUGUGAUGCUCUGCAGGACCAUCACCAGUCGGCACCUCACAGAUCAGCAGCUUGGUGGAUUUCUGAGAGCCUCUCUGACUUCGGCACUUUGUGCCAGUUGCUCCGUCAGAACUCAGAUCAUGGUUUCAGUGGUGGAGAUUGUCCAUCAGGUUGAUGAGUUUCAGCCCCUGGUGUGGCUGUUCAGGCCAAUGGGAGACUGGCUCGGUCCACUACGGGUGUAA